CUAGUUUACCAAGCAACUCAUUUGUGUUUUGCGGGCAGAAGGGAAAUCCAUCGCCGUUCGCCGUUCGCCGUUCGCCGUUCGCCAUCGGUCUCUCCGUCUCCGCCUUGCGAUUCUUCGUCUCCACCUUGCGAGUCUCUGUUAGUCGUGUUCGCUUGCUCUCUCUGUUCACCGUGUUCGCGGUUCGGUCUUUCUGACUCAAUCGUGUUCGCCGUUUGGUCGUCCUCGCCCGUACUUCUCACUCUCCGCCGUUCGGUCUGUCCGACUCUCAACCUCUCUCCGGGUCGAAAAGGAGAAGGUUUUGUGGAAGUUGCAGUUCGAUCACUCUCACACAGCUCAGCCUGACGAAAACAGUUGGGCUCUUUUCCACAAAAAAAACAGCGAGUCCGACUCGGUCUCUCUCCUCCGCGACUCGUCCUCUCUGCUCAGUUCUUCUGCGAUUCCGUUAGAUCUUGAGAAGGUUAUUUUGUGAUGGGCAUCAGCAAAACCGAGAUUAAUUUGCGGAGAUUGCUUGCUGCUGCACCAAAGCAGCAGAAUCAGGCAAAGCUUAUGCAUUAUGUUGCUACUUUAAGGGAACAAUUAGAACAACUCGCGGAAGAGAAGACCCCAGAAGGACUACCGAGAUUUCCAAAGGCUAAGGUGAAUGAGUAUUCUGAGAUGAUUGAAGCCAUUGCUUCCAGAAUAGCUGCUCAAGUGCCCGAUGCAAGGGUCUCUGACGAACUUUCUGCAAAGGAUUCUACCAUGGAGAGCCCUUCAAGAGCUGAAGAUGAUGUGCGGAACCCCACUUCUCCCCAGCUGAGAAGAAGAUUUGUGCCUGCGAGUAGCAAAGAGGAAUACCAUGGUGAUCUUGAUGCUGAUGCAUCAAAACCAGUAAAACUAGAUGCUGCUGCUCAACUACACAUUGAGAAACACAGAAAGCUUCAAGAGGACCUCACUGAUGAAAUGGUGGUAUUGGCAAGACAGCUCAAGGAGAGCAGUCUAAUGAUAAGCCAGUCUGUACAAAACACGGAGAAGAUACUAGAUUCGACGGAGGAAGCUAUAGAGCAGAGUUUAGCAAGCACGGGACAUGCGAAUGUAAGAGCUUCGAAGAUAUAUUCAGAGACCUCGAAGACGACCUGCUUCCAGUGGCUAUUGAUCUUUGCAAUGACCUGUGUGUUUAUCAUGGUCGUCCUCUUGAUCCGCGUCACGUAAAAAAAUGGCUUAUGGCUCUGAAAGGUUGAAGACACUCCGGAAGGAUUCCCUUUCGAAAUGGAAGAUAACCCUGGACACCAGACAGUAACAUUGACAAGAGAAUACAACGGGG